UGUUUUUCAAAUAAAAUUUUAGGUUCUUGGUCUAACUGCAGUCGUCUUUGGAACAUGGAUGCUUGUGGACCAAACCUUUAUUUUAUCAUUAACACAAGAACAGCAUAAUUAUUAUGCUGGAUUGUACAUCACCCUUGCAGCGGGUGCUCUUUUGCUGAUCGUCGCAUUCUUGGGAUGUUGCGGAGCUUUCCGUGAAUCACAAUGCAUGCUUGUUGGCUUCUUCAGCUGCCUGCUUGUGGUCAUAGUUGCUCAGAUCGCAGCUGGAGCUUGGCUGUAUACUAAUCGAGAUGGUAUUGAACCUUUGGUCCAGGCUUCUUUCAUGAAUACCGUUAAAGAUGAAUAUGGACAAAUAGAUCACCGUACUCAAACUGUCGAUUCUAUUCAAGAAAAUUUGCAAUGCUGCGGAGCAAGUGGACCUAAUGAUUGGGCCAGCUCUAAAUAUGGAAGCUCUAAUGGUCCAAUAAGUCUAACUGUAUCUAGCCCAAAGAAUGAUUAUAUAGUUCCUGAAUCUUGCUGCAAAGUCAAAGAUACCAAUCUGUGCAAUACUGCACGAAAAAUCAAAGUUGGAGGCUUGGUGCCAUCAGAAAUUUACUCCAAGGGUUGCGUCAACAAGCUAAGAAACGUUCUCAGCAGCCAAGGCUACAUUGUUCUUAUAGUAAUAAUAGUACUUUGUGUUGUUGAAUUAAUCGGUGUGAUAUUUUCGCUUAUUCUUUGUUGCGCUAUCGGUUCAUCAGAUCGAUACAAAGCUUAA